AUGUCAAUGUACAAUACAACUUUUAUUCAAAAUCGCAAUGAUACUCUUGGUUUAUCUUCACAAAAUAACUCAUCACUUACUGCCCUUACCCAAAGCAGCAGACUUAAGCAACAUAUGAAAUCAGAGAUGCCAGAGUGUGAAAAUGAUCCAUUAUUAAAGUCGCUAAGUAAAAUCCAAGAAGUAAAUAGAACGUAUGUUAUUUCAGCCUGUAAAAACGUACAAGAUGCACCUGUCACACCUAAGCUGGAAGGCAGGUUGACACUCCAAAGAAGAACUAGAAGAAUUCGAGAACCACCUUUGCUUGAUAGUCAGCUACAGAAAGAAACAACAGGACAACAUAGGUUGCAGUGUUGUAUAAAAACAGACUCUCUGGAAAAGUGUAAGACAAAUAAAAAUGUGCCAGAUGGAGUCUACGAUAAGAUGUCUGCUUUGGAACAGAGUGAUAAAAAUGUAAAGACAGCAAACACUGAUAAACAUUCUUUUGUUAAAUCUGUUUUACCCGUAGUUGAAGAUACAAAACAAAGAAAAACAACUAUUGAUGAAAAGAACAAGGAAAAAUGUUCAACUCUCAGUGCAGAAAAUGGAAACCUUUCACAUGAUAGGUGUUCUGUUUUUCAAGCAGUUGAGUCACAAAGUCAGAGUGAAGUUAGUAGAUUAGGACACUCAACAGUAACGAAGUCUAUGCGGAACAUAUCAGGUAUAAAGAUAAUUGCAACAGGAAACCUAAGUAAUAGAAGUGUUGGAAAGGAAACAAUGAAAAAUUUAAAUAAUAAGUUUGGAAGCAUGGAAAAACCAAGAACACCCAGACAAUGGAUUAUGGAAGAAAACAAAUUUACACCAAAAAGUAGUACUCUGGAGAGAAUCACAGCUUUGUCAGCUCCAAAAAAUAGGACACGCCUUCAAAUUAUGCAAAAACAAAAAAGUACACCUAGUUCUUUUCUUGAAAAUAAAAGGGAAAGAUCACAAGAAAAUACCUUAUUGAGAGAAGAAACUAUAGUUCAGAACACGUAUAGACAAUCAAGUCUUUUGAAGGUAGAGAAUAGUCAAGUGACAGUGGCUGUACGAGUAAGACCCUUCAGCAGCAGAGAAGAAACUGAAAAAGCAUCCCAAGUAGUCUUCAUGAAUGGCCAAGAGACAACUGUGGAACAUCCCGACAUGAAACAAAUUUAUAAUUUUGUCUAUGACUUUUCAUUUUGGUCUUUUGACAAAUGUCAUUCUAACUAUGCAAGCCAGAUGACAGUCUAUGAGACAUUAGCAGUGCCACUCCUGGAAAGAGCCUUUGAAGGAUAUAACACUUGUCUCUUUGCUUAUGGACAGACUGGCUCUGGAAAAUCAUAUACUAUGAUGGGAUUUGGUGAAGAACUGGGGAUAAUUCCCAGAUUUUGUGAAGAUCUUUUUUCUCAAGUAGCCAAAAAAGAAACACAAGAGGUCUCUUAUCACCUUGAAAUGAGUUUCUUUGAAAUCUACAAUGAAAAAAUUCAUGAUCUACUUGUUUGUAAAGCUGAAAAUGGACAGAAGAAGCAACCUCUCAGAGUAAGAGAGCACCCAGUUUCCGGACCCUAUGUAGAAGCUCUGUCAGCGAAUGUUGUGAGUUCUUACUCUGAUGUCCAGAGCUGGCUUGAAUUGGGAAAUAAGCAAAGAGCAACUGCUGCUACUGGCAUGAAUGACAAAAGUUCCCGUUCACAUUCGGUUUUUACUUUGGUGAUGACCCAAACAAAGACAGAAUUUGUGGAAGAAGAGGAACAUGAUCACAGGAUCAUUAGUCGCAUAAAUCUAAUCGAUCUGGCAGGCAGUGAGCGCUGCUCAGCAAUUCAGACUAGUGGGGAGCGGCUAAAGGAAGGUGUGAGUAUUAACAAGUCACUCUUGACUUUGGGAAAGGUUAUUUCUGCUCUCUCUGAGCAAGCAAACCGAAAAAGAGUUUUUAUUCCUUAUCGUGAAUCUGUUCUUACAUGGUUGUUAAAAGAAAGCUUAGGUGGAAAUUCAAAAACUGCAAUGAUUGCUACAAUUAGCCCUGCUGCUAGUAACAUAGAAGAAACAUUAAGCACACUUCGGUAUGCUAAACAAGCCCGUCUGAUAAUCAACAUUGCCAAAGUAAAUGAAGAUGUGAAUGCCAAGUUAAUUAGAGAACUAAAAGCAGAAAUUGAAAAGCUGAAAGCCACUCAACGAAACACUCGGAAUAUUGACCCUGAACGAUACAGACGCUGUCAGCAAGAAAUAACUUCCUUAAGAAUGAAACUUCAUCAGCAAGAAAAGGAUAUAGCAGAAAUGCAAAGGGCAUGGAGGGAAAAACUUGAACAAGCAGAAAAAAGAAAGCUUCAAGAAACGAAGGAAUUGCAGAAAGCAGGAAUUACAUUCAAAAUGGAUAACCGUUUACCAAACCUUGUCAAUCUCAAUGAAGAUCCACAACUAUCAGAGAUGCUACUCUAUAUGAUAAAAGAAGGAAAGACUACUGUUGGAAAGUACAAACCAAACUCAGGUCAUGAUAUUCAGUUAUCAGGGGUGCUAAUUGCUGAUGAUCACUGUAUUAUUGAAAAUUUUGAUGGAACAGUUAGUAUUAUUCCACUAGGAGAUGCAAAAACAUAUGUAAAUGGAAAACAUAUUUCAGAAUCCACAAUUCUUCAUCAUGGUGAUCGGGUCAUUCUUGGUGGAGAUCAUUAUUUUAGAUUUAAUCAUCCAGUAGAAGUACAGAAAGGAAAAAUAUCACUUUGUGGGUCUGUUCUUUCAAAUGAUGGUCCAAAAGACUUUGAGUUUGCAAAAAAUGAAUUGCUUAUGGCUCAGAGAUCACAACUUGAAGCAGAAAUAGAAGAGGCACGGUUAAAAGCUAAGGAAGAAAUGAUGCAAGGAAUCCAGAUUGCAAAAGAAAUGGCUCAGCAAGAGUUGUCUUCUCAAAGAGCUGCCUAUGAAAGUAAAAUAAAAGCCCUGGAAACAGAACUGAAAGAAGAAUCUGAGAGGAAGAAAAUGCAAGAAAUAAAUAAUCAGAAGGCUAAUGACAAAAUACAGGAAUUAGAAAAAGCAAAACAGCAUCUUGAACAGAAAGUCCAUGUUAAUAAGAAGCGAUUAGAAAUGGAGACUUUGGCUACAAAACAGGCCUUAGAAGAUCACACUGUUCGGCAUGCAAAGAUUCUUGAAGCUUUGGAGGCUGAGAAGCAGAAAAUUGUUAAAGAAGUACAGAUUCUACAACAGAAUCUGAAUAACAAGGAUAAAAUGUUAACAAUUCAGCCUAAUUGGAAUUUCAUGAAGCUCUCAAUGAUGAUCCAAGAAGCCAACACCAUUAGCAACAAAUUAAGAAAGUGUUAUGUUUUUUGUAGGCAUGAUAUAUCAAGCCAAAGAAAUAGUACUGCGCCUUCUGUUCAGGUCCAGGUUCGUAACAUUAAACUGGGAAUCUCAACUUUCUGGAGCCUGGAAAAGUUUGAAUCUAAACUUGCAGCAAUGAAAGAACUUUAUGAGAGUAAUAGUAGUAUUAAUGGUGAAGAUAUCUUUUAUGAUCCAGAAGAUGAAUGGGAACCUGAUUUAGCAAAUACAACAAUCUCUUCAUUUUCUAGAAGGAGGAGCAGGAGUUUGAUGAAGAAUAGGAGAAUUUCUGGAUGUUUACAAGAUAUAAAAGUCCAUCCAGUUCGGAAUCUGAAUUCUUCACAUUCAUCAGGUUUAAUGGACAAAUCAGACAGUAUUUAUUCAAACUCAGCAGAAUCUUUCUUGCCUGGAAUUUGCAAGGAAUUGAUUGGUUCAGCAUUAGAUUUCCUUAGUCAAAGUGAUGAUGAGGAAAAGACUAUGGCAGACAGCUUAAUUACCAGUUUUCUUAAAAUUCAUUCUUGUGUGACUGCCAUUUCCAAAGCUUAUGAACAACAAGAUGAAGAAAGUCAAGAUAACUUUUUUUCUGCUGAUCGAGCAAUCCAGUCAUUUUGUAUUCAGAUGACGUCUGCUUUUGAGCAACUUGUUGUUUUAACCAAACAUUGGCUUGAUGAUUUUCCACAGUCUACUUCAAGACCUGAUGAUGAUUUGAAACAGGAAGUUAAAAAAUUGGGAGGGUACUUACAAUUGUUUUUGCAGGGGUGCUGUUCAGAUAUUUCCUCAAUGGUGAAUGAGGUCCAAAAGAAAAUUAUCGAAACCAUGCUACAGGCACUAAAAUAUGUGGGGCAGUUAACAAUUCUUAAAGGAGCCAAAUUGCAUCUUUCAGAAAACAAUAGGGAUGAAGUGGUAAAUCUUCAGGAGGAUUUCAUAAAUGCCAUUUGUGAUGGAGUGAGGUUUGGUAUGAACAUUCUUUUGGAUUCUGGACUAGAAAAAAUGAGGCAGCUUCAGCAUGAACUUGAACUCUUAGGACAAUGCCCACAAAAUAAGGUUAUAGAAAAGAUAAAAACUAAUGCUGUUGCUUUGACCAGAUCCUUUGGAAAUACCAUUGCUGAUUGGAAAAAGAAGGAUUUUACAGUUCAAGUUAAAGAAGAAGAGUCAGUACAUCAAGCUGUGAAGAAGCUAAUUAAUCUUGCCACAGAAUUCCUGAAAUUGAAGCAUUGCUUAGAGCAAAUUAGUCAGAUUGUUAUUUCUGCAUUGAAAGGAUCUUCCAGUGAUGUUAUUCGGCUCAAGAGUUGUGUUGAAAAUGUUUGCAACUUGUCCAGGCUUUUUAUUGAUAACUUCAGUCUCUUUACAACACUUUCUGAUUUAACAAACACCCUUGAUGAUAGAAUAUCUGACGUUGCCUCCAGGGAAUUACAGGCUCUGGCCAAAUCACUCCUCUUGGAUUUUGAAUCUGAAGAAAGACUUGACUUGUUGAAACCCGAGGAAAUAUCUGAACAGAAUGGUAAAGAUGAAGAAAAACGUAAACUAACAGGAACUGAAUCUACUAGAAUUAAAGGUGUACCACAACGUGUCUAUAAACUCCAGACUCUAUCUUCUGCUCUUUACACAGGGGAGCUUUCGCCCAGUAAUAUUCAGUGGGUAUAAACUCAUACGUGUGUAUAGAUUUUGUUGACUACCCAAGAAUGAAAAAGUACUUGAUAAACCACUUUGUUAGUGUAGGAGGAGAUUUUGCAUAGGAAGAGGAAGCUUAGCACCUCACAGAAAUUCAUGAUGUGUCAGCUAACGUUAUGUUGGGCCUGAAGGACACUUUUGCCAUAUGAAAGUAAAGUAUUAUGAAACAUUUAUUUUAAAAGAAAUAAAUGUAUGUGACACCCACAAAGCCACUUGACAAUUUUCCCCCUGAUAAAUCAUCAGGCAUGUCAAAGAUGACCUGUUAAGCAAGCACUUAGUUAAUUGUGAGUUCUUGGAAUAUCGUAAACACAAUCCCCAAAUAUUUAUGACAAAAUGAAAUAAGGAAUCCAAGACCAAAUGCAUGGUCGUGUCUUUAGCCUCUGAUGGAAUUAUAUUGCUUUGAGGUGCUGGGAGUUUGAGGUUUUCCUACUAGCUAUUAGCUGAAAUACCUAGUCACUGGUUCAUUAGCUGUAUUUACUGGUUCCCUAAAGGUGGGAAAUAUGAACAGUUGGUGAAAUGUGUAUGUAUAUCUUUUCAGCUAAGAAGGGUUUGUGAAAACCUGAAAAUAAGAGGAAUAUGCCUUUUAAGGGGGUUGCUAAUGAGAACUUAGCUCUAGUAAUUUAAAUUGCAUUGUAACUAUUCUUCUUAUCAA